AUGACCCCGAAUACCUCUCAGCCCAUCCUCAGCGCUCCCACUCACCUCCUUGCCUCGCCAUGGCUAGCCAAUGACCUCAGUGUCAAGAGCCUAGUUCUUGUGACAUUGGCUGUUCUCAUUUUUGCACCCAAACUCGCCAAGUUGAUCCAAAACAUCCUGACACCGGUGUUCUCGAUCCCCGGACCACUCAUCAACAAGAUAAGCUCAUGGCCACUGGCCAUUGCAACAAUUAAUGGAAGCAGUCACGAUUUUGCGCAAAGACUCCACGAGAAACAUGGCCCCAUUGUAGUUCUUGCACCCGGGAUGGUUUCCGUCUCCGACACGACGGAGAUUAAGCGAAUCAUACAUACGGAGGACUGGAUGAAAUCUCGGGCUAUUUAUGGAAAUUUCCGCCAAGACCCGGAGCGUCCUACGCUGCUCGCUUUUACCGACAAGAAGCCCUACUCGAAGCGGAAGCGCAUGGUGUCUUCCAUGUUUGGCAUCAAGUACAUCCGCAGCAUGGAGCCUCUGAUGUUGGGCUGCGUCGAGGUCGCCGUAGAUGUAAUGGGCAAGACGUGUGAUGGCGCGACCGGUGAUUUUGCCGUCGUCGACGUGCAACAGUUUAUUCAUGCUCUGGCCAUUGACAUCAUCGGCGUCACCACCUUUGGCCAAAGUUUCCACGUUGUCGAGAAUGGGAGUCAUCCGCUGCCAUCAAGUCUCAAAAAGGGCUUGAAGAUCGCCGGUCUCAUGCAACUAAUUCCCUGGAUUCGCAAGAUUCCCUUGCUCCCCACCAGAGACCCCUACGUUAGCAGCUUCACCUAUGACAUUGUCGACAAUCGCCGGCGGACAUUCCGCGAGACGACGACACAGGAUCUACUGCAAAAGCUUGUCGAGGUGUCGGACGAUUCGCCCGGAUCCGACUUCAACACUACGGACGUGCAAGAUGAGAGCGUGGUCAUGUUGACGGCCGGCAGUGAAACAACGGCAAAUGCCGAAUUGUUUACCCUCAUCAUGCUGCUCAAGCAUCCCGAGGCUAUGCAUCGAGUUCUCGAGGAAGUGGACGAGUGGUAUUCGCCUGGAGACAGAAGUAGACCUACAGACUGUGGCUACUCACAAGCGGGAAUGACGUACCUACAGGCCUGCAUUGAUGAAGCCAUGCGCCUGGUGCCAGGGCAGCCGAAUGGAAGUCCGAGGGAAGCUCCCAAGGAUGAACAAGUUCUCGGAUACCGGAUUCCCCGGGGGACUACCGUGUUUCCUAAUACCCAGGCAGCGCAUUUACAGGACGUCUUUGCGGACCGGCCUGACGAGUACGUUCCGGAAAGAUGGCUCGACAUUUAUAGUCAAGGCAAUGACGGCAGUAUUCCAUAUUGGCCCUUUUCGGCAGGAAGUCGAGUGUGUAUUGGAAAGCACUUUGCCAUGCAAGAGAUGCAUCUCACUCUGGUGACGCUUCUCAGGCAUUUCACAUUUCAGUAUGUCCGGGGCCAAGAUGAGAGCACAAUGUUUCGCAUCGCCCAGCAGUUGCGAUCAAACUCGUACAGUGUCGAGGUGCAGAGACGGGCGGUAUCUUGA